GUAAUAUUUCAAUUCGCACUCCUCACUGAUACUGCAUAUACUCCUCUCCCGCCCGAGCUGGUGCAUUCGUUGGGUAUGAGCGAGACCAGCCUGAGCACAACAACCAGCAGCAGCAGUGGCAGCGGACUUGGAGGUCACUCAGUUCCCAUGGGACCGAGCGAGGCGGUUCACAUUCGAAUGGGUAAAUCAGGAGAGCCCAUUUAUGAGGCGGAUUCAGGAAGUGUGUGCACGACGAGCUACCUUUGGACGCCACCUCAGCUGUUACAACACCCAGAAGCUGUAGCAGACUCGACGAACAGGGCGAAUAUCUUUAAGACUCCGACGGAGAUGGCUUCUAUCGGCACGAUCUUGCCUUCGAGAAUGAAGCAAAAAACCCUUGUAGUAGUGCAAGUACAGGACUUCCGGCAUGGAGUUUUUCACUACUGGAGCCUUCAAAAGUUCAAGUAUUUCUAA